ACAUUAUUAGUAAACAUUAAUAUUAUCGCAUCUUUGUGAAAAUGUAUGCAAUAAUUUUGUUGUUUAUUUGAACCUAAAACUGAAAUUAUUCCAUCUGUAUCUAAAUUUUGUUAUGAAUAUUAAUGUAUUAAUAACGUAUAAUAAUGUAAUAAUAACAUAUUAAUGUAUUAUGAAUAGAAACGUUACACUGCUCUUGUGUACUUUUGAUAUCCUAACAUUGUGAUAAAUUUAUCAUAUACAAAUAUGAAAUCAAGUAGAAACAUAGAAAUAGUGGAGAGCAUAGGACAAUAUGAAAUGUUAAAUACUCUUUAGAGGACAAUCUACUAUCACUAGAUUAUAGAUUAUAUAUAAGAUUUGUCAAUUAUAUACAUGUGAAGCACAGUUUGAUAAGAUUAUGUAGAAUUUAACGUCUUGCUAUUUUUUUUUAUCAGCAAAUAUGCAGUACUCAAAGCAAUUAGAAGAUCAUUUUUCAUGUCAUUUUGAUUUUUAUUAUAGUAUUGUAUUAUAAAUAACAUUUUACUUUAUUCAAUCUAUAAAUCUUUCAUUUAUAUUUGCUAAUAGAAGUGAUUGUUUUAAGCAAAAUAAUGUUGAACAGUGUAACAAAACAUAUUUUACACUGUUGUUUACUACUUGUUGUUAUAAUCAUAUUUGAAUUGAUUACCGGAGGACUUAGUUGGAAUAAUAAUAAAAAGGAAACAUUUGAUCCAUGGAUUGAAUAUGGAUUUCUUGGCGCACUUAUAUUAUAUAUCCUGCGAACACUUACAUUUCUUUCCUUUCCGCAAGUUUUAUUUAACUUUGUAGGACUAAUGAUAUACAAUGCAUUCCCAGAUAAAGUUGUUUUAAAAGGUUCGCCAUUACUUGCACCAUUUAUUUGUAUUAGAAUAGUAACACGUGGAGAUUAUCCACAAUUAGUGAGAGCAAAUGUAAUAAGGAAUUUAAACAGAUGUCUAGAAACUGGUUUAGAAAACUUUCAAAUUGAAGUAGUUAGUGAUAAGCCAAUUGGAUUAAGCCCUCAUAGAAGAAUCAGAGAGGUCGUUGUGCCACCAAACUAUCGUACAAGUAGUGGUGCUUUGUUCAAAGCCCGUGCUUUACAAUAUUGUUUAGAAAAUUCAGUCAAUGAGUUAGCAGAUAACGAUUGGAUUGUACAUCUUGAUGAAGAAACUUUACUGACUGAAAAUUCUGUUCGUGGGAUAUUGAAUUUUGUACUGGAUGGAAAACAUCAAUUUGGUCAAGGGUUAAUAACAUAUGCAAAUGAAGAUGUUGUUAAUUGGAUUACUACCUUAGCAGACAGUUUUAGAGUAGCAGAUGACAUGGGAAAGUUAAGAUUACAAUUCACAAUGUUUCAUAAACCUUUCUUUAGUAUGAAAGGUUCUUAUGUUGUUACUCAAAUGGGUGCAGAAAGACAAGUUUCCUUCAACAAUGGACUAGAUGGAUCCGUUGCAGAAGAUUGUUUUUUUGCAAUGAAAGCGUUUACCCAAGGGUAUACAUUUAAUUUUGUGGAUGGCGAAAUGUGGGAAAAGUCACCAUUUACAUUAUGGGACUUUGUACAACAAAGAAAAAGAUGGUUACAAGGUAUAUUACUUGUUGUACAUUCCAAAGCUAUUCCAUUAAAUAAAAAGCUGCUUCUAGGCAUAUCUUGUUACUCGUGGGUAACACUGCCGCUUUCUACUUCGAAUAUUGUAUUAGCUGGAAUUUAUCCCAUUACUUGCCCACCAUUUAUAGAUUUUCUAUGUGCUUUUAUUGGUGCGGUAAAUAUUUAUAUGUAUGUUUUUGGUGUAGUUAAAUCAUUUUCCUUAUACCGAUUUGGUAUUGCUCGAUUUAUACUAUGUAUAUGUGGAGCAUUAUCAACAAUUCCUUUUAAUUUGAUCAUUGAAAAUGUUGCUGUUAUAUGGGGUUUGUUCGGAACAAAACAUAAAUUUUAUGUAGUUAAUAAAGAGUACAAACCACCAGUGACAGUAUAAGAAAGUAUUAAAGGAUUUCUUUCAGAUAGUAUCAUAUACUUACAGAAAUGUUUAUGUACACUUUCAGAAAUUCUUCUGUAUUUUAGAAAAAUAAUAUGAUUUUAUAUUUUUGAAUUUGAAAUAUUAAUAAUCUUUUAUGUGCUAUAAAUACAUAUAUAUAUAUAGUGUGGAUGAUAGGCGUGUUUGAAACAAACAUACUUUAUCUGUCUUAUCUAAUACUAUAUAAUAGAUAGCCAAAGUAAUAAUUUAAAUAUCUUAGUUAAUUAAUGUCUUAUAUAAUAUGCAAAAUAGUAAUAAAUAUAAUAUUAUGUUUAUAGAGUGUAGUUUAGGAAAAUUUUAAUUUAAACAUUCAAUUCAGUACUCAAAAGAGUUACAAUCAGUUACAAUAUCUCUCAGAUAAGUAAUUAUGGUACAUAGUUCAUACAUUAUCAUUUGUUCGAAAUAAAAUACACUUCCUUAUCUGACUUUAUGUAAUGAAGAAAACAAUCCUAGAAAAAUAAUCUAUAUUCCUUAAUAAAUCAUCUAUCAGUAACAA